AUGUAUAAAAGCAAGUUCAGAGUGCACAGUUUGCUGAAGAUUCCAAACAAACAGAAUGGAUGAAGGCAGAGUCAGGGGAAGAGGAAUUCGAGUCAGAGGAGGGAGAAGAGCUGGCCAUGGAAGAAGAGGAGCAGGCCAACGAGGAAGAGGAGUUCAAAUCAGAGGAGGAAGAGGAGCAGGCCAACGAGGAAGAGGAGUUCAAAUCAGAGGAGGAAGAGGAGCAGGCCAACAAGGGAGAGGAGAAGGUCCAGGAGGGAGAGCAAGACAACCUCGCACCAUCAUUACGGACGAGAUGCGAGCAACAGUCAUUGACCAUGUCAUUGUCCAUGGCAUGACAAUGGCUGAAGCAGGACUACGAGUCCGUCCAAACCUGAGUAGGUUCACCGUGGCCACCAUUAUCAGGGCAUUCAGACAACACAACAGAGUUGAAAGAAUGCCACAUAGAGGUGGGAGGGUUGCCAUAUUUACAGCGGCACAAGAAACCCUCAUUGUGGAUAUGGUUCGUGAGAACAACCUCAUCAGACUCCAGGAGAUCAGAGACAAAGUCAUUGCCGAUAAUGUCAACUUUGAGAGCAUUGAUGAUGUCAGCUUGGCCACAAUAGACCGAGUUCUCCGGCGCCAAAAGAUGCGGAUGAAACAGGUCUAUAGGGUUCCCUUUGAGCGCAACUCUGCGCGACACAAAGACCUACGUUACGAGUAUGUGCAAAGGAUAUUACAGUUGGACGCGAUGGCCAGACCUCAUGAGUACCUCUUCCUGGAUGAGGCUGGCUUCAACCUUCAGAAACGAAGGCAAAGAGGCCGUAACAUCAUUGGCCAAAGAGCCAUCACUGAGGUUCCUGGACAACGGGGGGGUAAUAUUACUCUUUGUGCGGCCAUGGGUUUGGAGGGGCUUGUCCACCAGCAUGCUGUCCUUGGGUCUUACAACACCCAAUGUCUCCUCACCUUCCUUGAGGAGCUAAAAGACAUCCUCCUGGACCGCCAACAACACCAUCCUGGGCCCGCACAUCACAUUUAUGUGAUCAUUUGGGACAAUGUACGCUUCCAUAAAACAAACCAAAUCAGAGAGUGGUUCACCACCAACAGUAACCACUUUUUAAACGUCUGUCUGCCACCCUACUCCCCUUUCCUGAACCCUAUAGAGGAGUUCUUCUCAUCGUGGAGAUGGAAGGUUUAUGACAGACAACCAUACACUAGAGAGAACCUCCUAAGGGCAAUGGAGCUGGCCUGUGUUGACAUCCCAGUGGAGGCCUUCCAAGGAUGGAUUCGCCAUUCCAGGGCGUUUUUCCCGCGGUGCCUGGCAAGAGACAAUAUAGCCUGCGAUGUGGAUGAGGUGAUGUGGCCCGAUGCAGCUCAGCGACAUGAUGCCGCACAGUGAUUGUGGUGUGUGUGUGCAACUUCACACUCUGAUCA